AUGUCUGACCGGAUCUUCUAUAUUCAUUCUAACUUGUCCUCUGUCCCCUGGGAGGGCAGCAUAGCAGCAACAGUGGCUCCCAUUUCUCCUCCUACACCUGGUCACUACCAUGUCCUCUACCGAGGCUGUGGAGAAACCCAGGUGGGCUGGCAUGGAGAGACAUACUGCCUGGUUGGUGGCUACCGGACCUAUGGGGAUGCUCCUGUGGUCACCCCAGCAAAGGUGGAAGCAGAGAAACCAAUUUCCAGCAGGGCUCUCCAGAGGCAUCAAUAAGACCUAGCAGAAUCGGAUAAAGACCUAAGUUGCUCCAGCCCCCAAAUCUGGCGAUUGCAGCGUGGUGGCAGGAGGCUGACCCCACAGAAGCUCACUGGCUGA